AGCCACCACCCUAGCGCCCCUACCCGUGCAUCCCCAUUGUCCCUUCCACGCCAUUUGUGCAGAGGGGGCAGCUCUGAGCGCUCUGCGCAUCGGGGACUGGGGCUUCUCGAAGGCCUAAAAGCGAUCCCAGAAAGAGAGGAGCGGGUGGUAGUACCACCGCGCGGCCAUUCCUGCACGAGACAGCAGAGCAGUGUCGGUAGGUGUUCGCUCGCUGCUGGUCUUUCCCUGGUUGCGCCGCCGUGCUCUGCUCUUCACGUGCGCGCGCGCCAUGGCCGCCUCCUCGAGCUCUUCUUCCGCCGCCAGCGCCGUGCUCCUCGCGUCGCUCGUCGUCUGUGGUGCGUGCCUCUUCGGCUCGGCGGAGGCUUCGGGGGCGGCGCACAGGGUGGUCGACCCGGAGUGGCACCCGGCCACCGCCACCUGGUACGGCAGCGCCGAGGGCGACGGCAGCGACGGCGGCGCGUGCGGGUACGGGACGCUGGUGGACGUGGUGCCGAUGAAGGCGCGCGUGGGCGCGGUGAGCCCCGUGCUGUUCAAGUCCGGCGAGGGCUGCGGCGCCUGCUACAAGGUCCGGUGCCUCGACCACAACAUCUGCUCGCGCCGCGCCGUCACGGUCAUCGUCACGGACGAGUGCCCCGGCGGGGUCUGCGGCGGCGGACGCACGCACUUCGACCUCAGCGGCGCCGCGUUCGGCCGCCUCGCCGUCGCCGGCGCCGGCGGCCAGCUGCGCAACCGGGGCGAGAUCAACGUCGUGUUCCGCAGGACGGCGUGCAGGUACGGGGGCAAGAACAUCGCCUUCCACGUGAACGAGGGCUCCACCAGCUUCUGGCUCUCCCUCCUGGUCGAGUUCGAGGACGGCGACGGUGACAUCGGAUCCAUGCAGCUCAAGCAGGCAAACUCGGCGCAGUGGCAGGACAUGCAGCACAUCUGGGGGGCCACCUGGAGCCUCACCCCGGGCCCGCUCGUCGGGCCCUUCUCCGUGAGGCUGACGACCCUGACCGGCAAGCAGACGCUCACGGCCCAGGACGUCAUCCCCAAGAACUGGACCCCCAAGGCCACCUACACCUCCCGCCUCAACUUCGGGUAGGUGAAGCCCGCCGGGCUCGCGUAUUCUCAGCCCGCGGUGUAGUUCAAUGGGCUUAGAUACAGUCAUUUGGAGGCCCAUACUGUUCUCGUGUAGUUUGAGCGUGUCGAGCAAGUAUUUGGGCCCAGGUAGCCCUCUCCACCUAAAAAGGGCAGGAGAGAGAGCGUGUGAUUGGUUGGUGUGAGCCGCAUGCUUCCUGGAGGCUGGAAUGGGAGCUCCGGUGAAGAGCGGCUUGGAUGAACUCAUGGUCCUCGGUCUACAAUCUACUUAUACUUGUUUGUGCGUUUUUUAUUUACGACUGUUACUAUGCCCUUGGUAUAUUUGGGUUGUAACUUGUGACUUGUGCACCGUAAACUAUAAUCUUAUAUUGUUCGUUCCUGUUACCUAUCAAGGAAUGGAGCCAUAUGAAAUUAUGGAAGUUCACAUGAUCAA